CCUCAUUCAAUCUUCUCAUCUAAGAAUACACACAGAAAAGAGCUGUGACUUGAUUGCACGAGUUGUGCAAGUUGGACGCUGAGUCACACGUACAUUUAGUGGAGCGACUGCCUGUUUGCUGCCUGUUCAGAUCUACCACUGUGAUUAACUUACUACAACUUUAUCACCCACGCGAUAAACCUACUCUUGUUUUUCACACGGCCAACUCUCUCUUCAUCUCUUCCUCUUCUAAACUUUACAAAACUCAUCCUAAGUUUCUAUAAAGUUUUAUCAAAUUUUACAGAACUUUGCAAAACUUCGCAACAUGACAGCCGACUCAGACACCGCCAUGGCCGAUAUCAGUACCCCCUCGACGGCUGCAACAGCAAUUUCUCCAUUCCAACGAAUCCCUCUCGAGGUUCUCCUACGGGUUACUUACUUCCUCACCACUCCUGAACUAGGGAAUGUCCGUCUGACAUGUCGCUCAAUCGAGCAGGCUUUGUACACUACCUUUACCAAUGAGUUCUUCACCCGCAAGCAGUUUAUGAUCUCAGAAACAAGUCUACAGGCUCUGAUUGACAUCUCAAAGAGUAGACUCAGUCCUCAUCUACGCAAAGUGCAUUUUGGGCUGGACAGAUUUGCGCACGCCCUGCAAGUCCACGGCCACAAUGCUAGGACGGCGAGGCAGAUGGAGUUGUACAAUGGUCAGUUCUCUCUGCUGAGUACGGGGUAUCACAGGGAUAUGCUUGUAGAGGCCUUCAAGAACCUGGAGAAUCUUGAAGAUGUUGUCAUUCGCGACUUCAACUCGGUCCGCCGCACACGCGAUGGCCCAAAUAGACAGUGGACAAGCUACGGAUCGACUACAGCUUUGAGGGAAACGGGGUCUCGCCCUGGCCAGAACAGCGGUAUGGCCUGGGGACCCGAUACCUCUACAGCCUACGGAAGCACCAUCUUCACAUCUGUGCUCUUCGCCCUCGGCCAGGCGGGUGCGAAGCCAAAGGGCAUUGAGCACAUGUCGCAUUCUAGGAAUCAUCUGCGAGAUUGUGCCUUCAAUAUCCCUUCGUAUAUGGAGGCCUCGGUCACACCUGUUUUGGAGAAUCUUGAGAAGCUACACAUCGAUAUCGAUUUGCUCGGCGGCAGCGACUUCUCUAGCGACGAUGCUGCUGGCCAUUCGUCGACUGCGGAUAUGAUGCUUCGCCGGUUUCUCCUCAAAUUAAAGAACAUCAAGCACCUGCGCAUCAACGAGACCCAUAGUAGUGUUACUGGUCCCGGUAUGCUUCUUGGGUGGCUAGGUCGCGAGAAUGCUACAUCGUCAGCGCCUCCAGCACCUGGGCCGUCUUCUGCCCCUGGAUCACCUCUUGCGCCCCCUGAACCCUCACCUGAAUACCACCAGUUGGAAGAGCUCAAUUUUGGCAUGAUGAAUGUGGAGCCUCAACACCUCCUCGCCGUCACCCGAAAAUUCGCGCCUACGCUCAAGAGACUAGAGCUACACAAGGUCACCCUCCGGCGACGGCUCCCAGAUGGCCACUCAGGAACGCCGCCAAAAGUAAGCUUUUGGAAUAAGUUUCUAGAGAAGCUGAAAGACAUCCCCAACCUCGAUUUGCGGCACAUCAAAAUCAGUUUUCCUCAGCAGCAGUGGGCGUCACGACCGAGCCGGUCUUUUGUCGCCUUCGAAGGUUCGAAAGAAAGCGUGAAGCAGUAUACCGGAACGGAUUGGAGGUAUUUCGUUGGGCACGAGAUGAUGCCCAAGAUCAACGUGCAAUGGCCGAGUGAAGAUAGCAGUGCGGAGGAGGAUGAGGAUGACGACGGUAUUUGGGACCUAUAUGCGCUUGAUCUGUAAGCGCCGGGUUGGCUAACGAUGUAUGAUACAGAUGAUUCCGACGACGACGACGACGAUGAUGAGGAAUAGUUGAGAGUAUCAGGCGGAUUGCAUUUUAAUUAUUCAGGACCUAAUCUAAGGUCUUCUAAGUCUACACUAAAUUAUCCUAAACUACUCAUCCUAAACUCUUCUAAGCUGGCCUAAACUAUCCUAAAGUUACCUAAAUAUCAUCUCGUCGUUUAGGAUAGACAUCCUAAGCUUUCUUACCUCCCAUCGGUAGUCGUCUACCAAUAAUCAAGACAUCG